AUGGGUACCAAGUGCAGACACGUUUUUGAUAGAUUAAAGAGAUUGAGUUUUGCCAACUGCUGGAAGAAAAGCACCACGCCAACUGGCAGAAGGAUUUUCCACAGGGAUGUGGAAAAGGAAGAAUUCCAGUAUGCCAGCACUCAAUGUCUCUCAUCAUACUACAGUGUCUUUGUGGUUCGUCUAGCAAUCAUGGCCAUGCUAGCUAUCUUGAUUGGUCUUCUCACUUUCCUCACAUGGCAUUUCACAAAGAUUUAUACAACAAAAUCUCUUAAUAGCUUGGCAUAUGACCUGCGUUAUGAACUUCUGCAACGCCCCAUCUUGAGGAUGUGGAACAUUUUGAAUUCUACUGCUGAAAUUACUACUGCUCAGGUUAAGCUGUCUCAGUAUGUGAUCAGAAGCCACACCACCAACCUUGCCACUCAGGCAGACCAAGUUGAGAUGUAUGACGCGAUGAGAGCUGUGACAUGGGCACUGUUUGCUAGUAAAAAAGCUCUCAAUUCAAUAACUGUCAAAUACAAGAAUGGAUUUGUCCAAGCAUUCCACAGAGACAGGAAGGAUAACAACACAUUUUACAUUUAUUCUGAUCUUGUAAAUUAUUCCAUGGCUGCCAAUGGCCACAAUGAGAUCAAUUCGCUUUCAUCGGACGAAGCUUGGAAUGAUAAAGACAUUCACGGAAACAAGUCUGCAAUUUGGUAUCGCGAACCGCUUGAUCCGGUCAGCGGGGAGAAGAUUGGAAAAGAAAUGGCAAUUGCACCAGAAGACUCAAUCAAUAUAGCAGGCCUCCCCCAAGUACCUGAUGGUGUAGCUUCGUGGCAUGUUGCUGUUAGCAAGUUUACAGAUUCACCGUUGCUUUCUGCAGCAUUACCAGUUUGGGACUCUUCAAACAAAAGCAUUGUGGCAGUUGUGGGUGUCACAACUGCACUUUAUAGUGUGGGGCAGCUCAUGAAAGAGCUAGUCGAGUUGCACAGUGGUCACAUGUAUUUGACCUCCCAAGAGGGUUACUUACUUGCAACUUCCACAAACGCACCUCUACUGUCAAAUUCUACAAGGCCUCCUAAGCUUAAGAUGGCCGUUGACUGUGAAAAUGAUGUAAUAAGAGAGGGAGCUCAAUGGCUACAGAAAACCUAUGGAAACAAUUUCCCUCAAAGUCAUGAACUUCAUGUAGAGAAUGUCAGGCUAGGCCCCCAGCAAUAUUACAUCGAUUCAUUCUUCCUUAACUUGAAGAGGCUUCCUCUGGUGGGUGUAAUCAUCAUACCUAGAAAGCAUAUCAUGGGGCAGGCAGAUGAAAGAGCCUUCAAAACAUUGGUUAUUCUUAUAUCUGCAUCAGUGUGUAUUAUUGUCAUUGGAUGUGUUUGCAUUUUGAUACUGACAAAUGGAGUGUCAAAGGAAAUGAAACUAAGAGCAGAACUGAUCAGUCACCUGGAAGCAAGAAGGAAGGCAGAGGCAUCAAGCAACUAUAAAAGUCAAUUUCUUGCAAAUAUGAGUCAUGAAUUGAGGACACCGAUGGCAGCAGUGAUCGGGUUACUAGACAUUCUUAUAUCUGAUGACCGUCUCACAAAUGAGCAAUGUGCAACAGUUAGUCAGAUAAGAAAAUGUUCAACUGCCCUGCUUCGUCUACUUAAUAACAUCUUGGACCUAAGCAAGGUGGAAUCUGGAAAAUUGAUCCUAGAAGAUGCAGAAUUUGACUUGGGGCGGGACCUUGAAGGGCUUGUAGAUAUGUUUUCUGUGCAGUGUAUUAACCACAAUGUGGAGACUGUUUUAGACUUGUCUGAUGAUAUGCCAAAGCUAGUUCGAGGUGAUUCUGCUAGGGUAGUUCAAAUUUUUGCAAAUUUGAUCAACAACUCAAUUAAGUUUACUCUAUCCGGUCACAUUAUUCUGAGAGGAUGGUGUGAAAACCAAAAUGCUUGCAGGGAUAAUACAAAUUCUCCUCUACAGAAAAAGAAAUCAUGGUAUUCACAGAAGAACAGAACAAAGCAACAUGAAAACCAUGCAAAGAGGACUUCCAAUAGAGAUAACAAAAUGAUACUUUGGUUUGAAGUUGAUGACACGGGUUGUGGAAUUGAUCCAAGUAAAUGGGAAUCUGUGUUUGAAAGCUUUGAGCAAGCUGAUCCAUCAACUACUAGACUGCACGGAGGAACUGGUCUUGGUCUUUGCAUCGUCAGAACCUUGGUUAACAAGAUGGGUGGAGAAAUCAAGGUUGUCAAAAAGGAGGGCCCAGGAACAAUGAUGCGAUUAUACUUGCGUCUCAGUGCACCUCGGGAUGCCUCAGAACAACAUUGCCCAGUAGAUUUUGCUAACAAAGGUUUAGUGGUACUUCUUGCACUACAUGGCAGCAUGGGUCGCUCUGUUACAUCUAAGUGGUUACAGAAAAAUGGGGUAGUCACUAUGGAGUCAUCAGAAUGGAAUGGAUUAACACAAACUCUCAGGGUACUCUUUCAUGCAAGAAGUUCAUCUCAUAAUAAUGCCUUUGACGCAAAUUAUUCAGUGCAUGACAAUUUAAAGUCAAAACUACUGAGCAUACAGGAAUUGAAGAACCCAGUUUUUGUCAUUGCUGUUGACAUUGGACUACUUGACUUGAGCACAGAUAUAUGGAAGGAACAGCUCAAUUUCCUUCACAAAUACUUUGGGAGAGCAAAAUUCGUGUGGAUACUAAACCAUGACUCAUCCAAUACCAUUAAGAUGGAGCUUUCCAGGAAAGGACAUACAGUGACAGUGAACAAACCCCUUUACAAAACAAAAAUGCUUCAUAUUUUGGAAACCAUUAGAAAGGAAAGAAGUGAUGAGCUACAAAAGAAAAAUAUGACUACUCCAAGAGCUACAGUGAAAAAGGGUUACUUGCAUGAGAGUCUUGAGAUUGAUUAUACUCAAUGUGAUGUUGCAAGCUCAGAUGGUUCUGACAUAUCAGAAACGCGAGGUUCUAAUCCUGUUUGUGAAAGUAAAGAUAAAAAAAGAGAGAAGGAAGUGCGAUCCGAACUAUCAUCACAACAACAGAUAAAAAACUUAAUUGGAUUAACAAAUGGAUAUAUAGAAGAUAAUAAUCCUUGUAAGGAAGAGUUAUGUCAGAGAAGCCUCAACUCUAACGAUGUCACUGCAAAUGAUACACCAAAAUCAUCCUGCACUAAACAAGCAUUGUUUGCGAAAGGUAAUCGAGGUGAAGAGUCUGAAUAUGGUGAAACACAGCGGGCCAGUAGCUCAAGUAAAUCAGUGAGUGGAAAAAAAUCUCUUGAAGGUCUGAGGAUAUUACUUGCAGAAGAUACACCAGUAAUUCAAAGGGUUGCAACCAUAAUGCUUGAAAAAAUGGGAGCCAUUGUUGUAGCUGUAGGUGAUGGACAACAAGCAGUGGAUGCUCUGAAUGGCAUGCCUGGUGUUGAAGAUUGUAGAAGGGAGACUCUCCUGAAGGAAAGAAACACAAGAUCAUCCCAAAAUGAGAUUCUAAGUUGCCCUUCAUAUGAUUUGAUCCUAAUGGAUUGUCAGAUGCCAAAGAUGGAUGGCUAUGAGGCAACAAAAGCAAUCCGGAAAUCAGAAGUGGGAACUGGCUUGCACGUUCCAAUUGUUGCUCUUACAGCCCAUGCGAUGUCAUGUGAUGAAGCCAAGUGCCUAGCGGUUGGCAUGGAUGCUUAUUUAACAAAGCCAAUUGACUUCAAACUCAUGGAAUCCACCAUUCUUUCACUCUCAAGAAGGACAUCCUGA